AUGGGAGAAGUGGUAGCAUUGAGUGGCAGAUUGGGUGGGGGAUCGUCGAAACUCGCGCUAGGGUAUCUUCGUCAUCUUCCUUUCUCUGGUACCAACAGCAACAGUGUAGUCCAUGCAAGCAUGUUUUCAGGGGUGAGGUUGAGGAAGAAGCCUGGUCCUCAAUUUGAAUCGAUCAGGUUCGUACUUAUUCUUGCCUGA